CAUAAAACAGCAACGUUUUAGUUUUCGUAUUUGUUUCCCCUUAUAAAAUAAAUAAAUGCAUACCAUCAUGUGCAGACAUACAUCGCUAGCAGUCUCUUACAAUGCCUUAUUUAGGAUUUUAUGAUCCUUUCAUUUAUAUAUAUGACUGGUGUAUUAGUUUGAAUACUGUUUUAUAAGCAGAUCAGACAGGCAAUAAGAGGGGGCAGUUGAUAAAUGAGAUCAGUGUGAUUAUUAGAGAAAUACAGGGCUAGAUGGGCUAGAAGUCUUUUCUUUAACUCUGAGUCUAAAGAAUGUCCAGCUGCAACACAGCUUUAUGGAAUGUUCAGUGAUAUCACUGUGACAUCACUGUUUAAAAUACUCAGUCUGCUUGGUUGUCUGUAUUACUGCAUGUUCUGAAUUAGUUGAAUAUAGUAGUCCGACGUCUGCUUGAUUUCAAGAUUCGUUCUGCUGACAAUAUUCAGUCUGUAAGUUUCAUUUUGCGUGAUUACAUAUUGCUGCUCGAUCCAAAAGUCUGUAUUCAAUCUUCAAGAUUGUCUACAAGACUAAGAUUGUCUACAAGUCUCAAAGAUUACGCUGGUUGUCAACAAACAGCCAUGCUGAUCGCUGCAAGUUUCUUGCUGUUACAAUUUUGCUGUACCAAGGUGAACAAACACUCACCUGAUGCAAAGCAAUUGAAGAGCAGCAAACAAGCAAAAAUGAAGACAACAAAGGGACAACUGGAGUGGCAAACAAAAUAUCGAGGCCUGAAUGUCAUUCUUGAUAAGGAGGAAGAUGCUCUGUUCAGGACAAGCCCAGCUUUGAAAGUGUUUGAGACUCGCACUGCCUCUCCGACUUCCACUGCAUCUGAGAUCGAUGCUGCCUCUCCGACUUCCACUGCAUCUGAGAUCCAUGCUGCCUCUCCGACUCACACUGCAUCUGAGAUCGAUGCUGCCUCUCCGACUCACACUGCAUCUGAGAUCCAUGCUGCCUCUCCAACUUCCACUGCAUCUGAGAUCGAUGCUGCCUCUCCGACUUCCACUGCAUCUGAUAUCGAUGCUGCCUCUCCAACUCACACUGCAUCUGAGAUCCAUGCUGUCUCUCCAACUUCCACUGCAUCUGAGAUCGAUGCUGCCUCUCCGACUCACACUGUUUCUGAGAUCGAUGCUGCCUCUCUGACUUCCACUGCAUCUGAUAUUCGAUGCUGCCUCUCCGACUCACACUGCAUCUGAGAUCGAUGCUGCCUCUCCGACUGACACUGCAUCUGAGAUCGAUGCUGCCUCUCUGACUUCCACUGCAUCUGAUAUCGAUGCUGCCU